CAGCAGUGAUCAUGUAGCCUGCAGUAUAUACUUUAAUCAAAGUAAAUGAUACUCGUCAGUAUUGACUUCUUUAUCUUUCGGUUUCAAGAAAGAAGAGAGACUGUGUCUCGUUAUAUUCUUAUGCAUUAACUCAUCUUGAGUUAUUUAGAGUCUUAUCUGUAGCCUAUAUAUUUAAUUGUCUUUUUUUUUUCUUUUAUUGUUAUUAUUAUUUUUUAAAUAUCUACUUCAAUUGCUGGACAAGAAGAAAUGGAUAUAAAGUCUCGUGUAGCCGGAGGUCGAAAGGUUUUGUGCUUGUUUGAUGUGGACGGAACGCUGACACCACCUAGAGAGAAGAUUGACCCCGAGCUGGACGAAUUUUUCCAGGCCUUGAAACAGAAGGUGAAGAUUGGCGUGGUGGGGGGUUCGGAUUAUUCCAAAAUUGCAGAACAGCUCGGAGAUGGAGAUGAAGUCAUUCACAAGUUUGAUUACGUCUUCGCCGAAAAUGGAACAGUGCAAUACAAAGAUGGCAAACUCAUCUCCAAACAGGCCAUUCAGAAUCAACUGGGCGAGGAGUUACUGCAGGACCUCAUCAACUUCUGUCUCAGCUAUAUGGGGCUCCUCAAACUGCCCAAGAAACGAGGGACGUUCAUUGAGUUUCGUAAUGGCAUGAUCAACAUCUCUCCCAUCGGACGCAGCUGCACGCUAGAAGAGCGAAUCGAGUUCUCUGAAAUCGACAAGAGAGAAAAGAUACGAGAGAAGUUUGUGGCGGCUCUGCAGCAGGAGUUUGCAGGAAAAGGCCUGCGGUUUACCAGAGGGGGUUUGAUCAGUUUUGACGUGUUCCCGGAGGGCUGGGACAAACGCCUCUGUCUGGACGUCCUGGAGCAAGAAGGAUUGGACGCCAUCUACUUUUUCGGCAAUGAAACCUCAUUGGGAGGAAACGACUACGAGAUCUUCGAGGACCCUCGUACCAUCGGCUUCACCGUCUGCUCUCCUGAAGACACGGUGCGGCUCUGCAGAGAGAUGUUCUUCAGCGCUCCACCAAAUGAGGCGUGACGGCAGCCGCACACGUACACCAGACUGCCUGAGUGCGGCUCUCCUGCGCCCUCUGCUGGUCACUGUGGGCACUGCAGGCCGUCAGAUUCAGACAAAACCAAACCACUGCUGGCCAUCAGACUAAAGGGACUGAAUGUAAAUAUCACUGAUGGACCCUUCUCAGUGCGUGUUUAUAGUUUUGUAAUGUUCAAACAUUAACUUUAAGUCUAAAGAUUCCCAACUUUUCAUAAUUAAAAGUGUUUUACGGUGGCCGCGUUCACACUGCAAAGUUUCCGGAGUGACAGAUGCACUAAAAUACAGUGAAUCCUCUGGAUGAUGGACAGAACGUAGGAGUCACUCCAGAAAUUAUGAUGAUUGACAUGCAACAUCUCACAGCUGUAAACCACACGGACGGCAAGAGUUUAACCUCUGGAAAACCUGUUUUUAACCAAUUAGCGAUCAGUAUUAAUAAACCUUCUUCGGUAGAGGCACACGUUUUUUUCUGUUUUUAACUUUCUCCGUCACGUAAUAGUCCUUUCUAUUUAAAUGGAUUGAAGCUAAUAGAGUAAAAGGGUUAUUAAGUUAGCUUGAGAAAGCCAACUUACCGAAAUGCUACUUAAACUUAUAGAUAUUAUUAUUCUUCUGAGACUAAAAUUUCUGACUCUAACUCCUCCUAGAGUUUUAACUCUACAACCACCAUCUCAGACUAGACCUUCAGACUGUUCUGACUUAGUGCGCUAUAUCUUUUCUAACUGAUCAUACUUAAGGUUUUCCUAAGAAUGACAAUUAAAACUAGGAAAAAUCCCAUAGACUUACAUUGACGGAAUGUUCAUCUAUCAUCUAUCUAUCUAUCUAUCUAUCUUCUGAUAGACUGUAUAUUGCCUUCAAAACCAUCCAACUUUAAGCUUUAAAACUUUCUGGUCAGGCUUUGUCAAGCCAACUUCAAAGUUUGUCUUGACAAACUUUUUUUUUGUCUAGUUGUAUUUACAAUUUAUUGUGAAGUAAUGCAUUUAUUUCUUUCAUUUUUUUUUUAAUGCACACUUUUACUCCUAACAUCUUCAAAACUACUCUUUCUUGUCUCAUCACAUUAACAAUUAAGCAGUACAAGAAUAAUAUAAACACGGGGAAAAAAAAAUAUUUUUCGAAGUUGUAAAUAAGAUUAUUGGACUGUUUUACAAGAAAAUACUUUCUACUUCAAAAUGUCAUGUUUAAUUCUAUGCAAUACUUGCCUUUUCUUUGUAAUUAUUUGUGAAAUUUACUAGCAAUCUCUGAAUGAAAUUUGUUUCUUCAACCGUUUUUUUGAGAAUGAUAUAUUUUUAUUUCAAACCCCAAAAUUUGACAAAAAGUAGUAGUAGAAGUCGUUGAGUAGUUUGUUCCCCUGAAUAUUACUGUCGAUCAUUUAACAUUUCUGUCAUACAACAGUUGUUACAUAAAUGUUUAUCUUACCUCGAAAUGUGAUCACAUUCUUCAACCGUUAAAACUGAAGCAUCGCGUUUGAAUUCCGGCUCGUGAAAAUAGUAAACCCCGCCUCCUGAUUUGAUUGGCCAUCUCAAACAUUGACGAGCGUGUUGACCGACAGACCGAAAUUUAAACUUUUAAAACUUCGUCAUCCUAACGACAAACAAAGCGAUGUUUAAGGAACUUAAGCAGAGCAGCACCAAUAAUGUAAAAAAUGAAAAGACAAUUUUGGUAAUAUCUGAUUAUUAAUCAGAUGACAAAGGUGUUUACGGCCUUGAAGACACACACAUCGGUUUCUGUGGUGUAUGACUUUGGACCGUCGUACUCGUGUCCCAAACCCGUUAAGUGUUUCAGCUCGGUUCUGUGUCAGAUAAUGUUUUAGAUGGUGCUGUGACAGCGUGAGUUAUUCAGGAGUUCAUUCGGUUGGCACUGCUGUAAAUGACGGACCUCUUGUGUAAUGUCAAUCAAACAUUUAUGAAUGACUUCAAGUAAUUUCAGUGUGAACGUGACCGCUGUAUUCGUAACGAAACGAGUGAUAAAUUCUGUCUGUUCCAUGUUAAUCUCAAGUUUUGUGAUGGUCUCGUGAUCUUAUUUGCGGUCACACCUGAGUUUAUCGGUGUGUCCGAGUGUUUGUGAUUGAAUGCAUUUCGAUUAUUCCCCCUGUGAUCUCGGACUGGACUCUUGAGAUACAACAUCCAACAUAUUUAUGAAUGACAGAGACAAAGAUUCAUGUUUGUAUAGUGAAGAAACAUGAGAUUGACACACUGAUAAUGAAAAAACGGUGAGUUGAUUUAUAGUGAUCAAGUUUUGUUGUCAAAAUCCAGUUAUUGUGAUUGGGAGUUUUGCUUUAGAGUUUUUCUUUUCUUUUGGUAAUGCAAAUAGAGUGUAACAGUUGGGUUAUAGAAGUAAAAACUCUGUUCAUUUUCUCCAUAGGGAAUUUUAUUUUAAUGAUAACUUAUAAACCUUUAAAGACAGUCUUACUGUGAGCUACGAUUGUUAAUUGAUAGUAUUUGCUUCUGCUUAUGCCAUCAGCCCGCAAUAUUUCAACAUAGUUUUAAAAUAAUAGUGUUUAACAGUCGAAUUUGUGGUGAAAACUACAUUACCCACGAUGCUGUACACCAGUUCCACCAAUCUGAGAGUCGAAACACGCCAAAAGAUCUUUUUAGCCCCACCCAAUCCCAUGAAGCACUGUGAAUGACAUAAUCAAGUCAGUCUCCCUUCACUCUCAAAAUGUGUAUAGAAUCAACAUUUAUAAAACAAAAGCAUAGUUUUAUAUUUCUCCAUCGUUUUUAAUUUGAUUAUGCUGUUCUUAAUGCUUCAUGGGAUUGUAGUUCUUUCCCUCUUUAAAGCCUUUAAGCCCAGUCUGUUUGUCCGAUUUUCAAAUACUUUUUUUGCUUCAAAUCAAGGUUUGUAAUGUUGAUUCACCUUGUAGCUGGUUGGCUUGGUUCAUGGCCUAAAACACUUUAAUGAAGACUUUUUUUUUAAAUCCCUAUGAAUGGAAAAAAAAAAAAAAAGGAACCAAUGCCGCUGAAAAAGUGGGCGGGCACUAAUGCACUCUAUUGACCAACAGAAUGCUGCUUGAUUUGAAAAUGACUUUUAUUGAUACACUAUUGACAAAAGACAAUGGAACUUUUUAGCUUGCGAAAUUUCGUUCAUGUGACCGCACCUUAAGAAUCUGUUCAGAUGUGAUAUUCACGUGUUAAUCAUUCCAGAGAGAAUCCACGUAAUCACUGAAACACUCCUGUUGAUCUCUGAAAACAUGAUGCCGAUCGAUAGAGAUAUCCAGGGCAUUUAUUAAGUUUCUUGAUCCAGACAUCUCUGGAUCAUGUGUUUCUAAUUUUUUAGAUUUUAAUCCAUUAUAUGUUGUCUGUUUGAUCUCAAGGAAAUAUGAAUGUUAAUGUAUUUGUGUUUCAUAUCUGAUGGCAUGAAUGCACUUUAAUUUUAACUGAUUCAUUUGCUAAAAUGAUACUGAUGUUGUAAAGGGUGCUGGAGUGGCUUGUCCGCUCCUUUAGUUUCAUCUCGAGUUUGUUUUGCUGGAAAGGUCUGAAUUUUGAUCAAGAAAUCAUGUGACCUCAAUUCCAGCAAGCAAACUUAAUCUAUUACACAAACUCAUUUAUUGAGGAUCUUUAUCAGUUAAUUGUUUUUGGUUACACUUUAGUAGAAAGGAUGUUUUAACACUCCUGAUUAAAGGAAAAACGAAAAAUGUGAUUUUCAUGAUUCAGUCUGUGUGAAAAAUCCAUGUGAUUGCUAAUAAUACUAAUAUGCCUUGUGAUAAAUCAUCAACAUGUCUGUUUAUUAUAAAUACACAUUUUUUUCUGA